AUGUACCGCAAUAAAUCACCAGUAAUAAAAGUUUGUUGCCCAAUUUGCCAUGAGGAUCUUAAUUCGAAGGAUCUCUCCGUCCAUAUUUCCCUGGAAUUGGAAGCUCUGGAUGAAGAGACACAGAGACUGCAAAAUUGCCGAUUUGAGCGAAAUCUCUAUGAACGAUGUAUGAAUUUCAACAACAGAGGGCUUUUUGACCACAUUUCAAGUAGUCAGAGAUACUACAAAUUCCAAAUGGUGAAGGAACGUCGAUUAGCCAGGAAAAGAAAUCUAACUUACAUCAAACCUCAAGAGGAGUACAGUCAUAGCAACCAGCAGUCUUUAAAACUACCUCACACACUUGAGAGUGGUUUCCCACUGUUUCCGCCCCAACUAGUCUCUAACAUCCCCACCAAAAUUCGCCGAAUCGACAAGUGA